AUGCCUCUAUCCAAAGUACCCCCUACCAUAUCCCUCCAUCCCACGGACACACCACUCUCCACCACGCCCCAAGACCACCUCACCACCUCACCCCCGGAGCUCCUCCUAGCAAUCCUCUCCCACCUUCCGCCCUCAACCCUCUACCCGCUCUCCCGCACUUCAAAAUACAUCCACACCUUCCUCCUCACGCACGCCGCAACAAUAUGCAACACCGCCAUCCAAUCCACCUACCCCCUCGCCUCCACCAUCCUCCACUCCCAACACUCCUCCACCGGCUGGCUCAUCCCAACACACCCCGCAAUCCUCAACGAAGAGCGGCGCCUCGUCCGCGACAAGAUCCUCUUCUCAGGCUGCAAAUGCCCGCCGUGUCGACAAGCGCUGCACUCAUCUUCGAGCACCGACCUCUCGCUUUCGGAGCUGGAUGAGAUCCAUGGACUUGGGGCCUUGAAUUGCCUUAAUGGGUUACGAAGUCAGAGCUGCAAGGCCAAGAAAGAGAUUGACUCGUGCUUGAAAUUGAGCAGGUCGGGACCACAGUACUUGAUUUUUCUAGAGAAGUAUAGUUGGGAGAUCGUCACGCGGCACUCGAUGUCUUCCUUCUCCAACUCCAACUCAAACUCGAACUCCAAUGAGACGGCGGGAUCACAGGAUAGCACGGCGGCGCCGAGUCCGACUAGCACUUCAAAUGGAGAGAAUCAGGGGGAUGCUGAGAUUGAGCAGGACGCGGAAGGGGAAGAAGAUAGGGAGAGGGAAAGACAGGAGAGGGAGAAGGAAGAAGCGAUGUUCGAGUUUAUGGUCGGCAACUACUGCGUGCGUCGCUUCCUCGAGUCCGCCGAGAAGGUCCUUUCCUCCCUGCCGUCCCCUACAUCAAAUCCGACGCCACCCUCACCUCGCUUCUCGCCCAUCAUCGACCAGGGAAGGAAACUCGGAAGGAAGCUUCUUCGGAACAGGAUGGUGAAGAGACAGAGGAUUGAGGUGAGCGAGGUCGCCGAGGUCGUUGAAGACCGUGUCGUGGAUGGAAGGCAAAGCAAUCCAGCAUCGGCGUCGCCAACCCCCAGACGCAUGAUGUUCGGUGAAAUAUCUCCCUCCACCUCGGACCCCAGCAACGACGAGAAAGCGCUCCUGGUCCAACAGAAGAAGGUGGUUGGUGAGAGGUGGGAGGAUGGGUUGCUUUGGUAUUAUGGUCUACAGGGUCUUGGAAGUGAUCCUGAGGAGGGAAAGGACGAGCAAGGUGGGAUGGAUGAGAAAGAGAGGAGUAGAGGAUGCAUGGCUGUAUUCAAGAAGGGGCUGGGAAUUAUAUCACGGCGUGUGAGAGGGCUGUUUAUGGGGAGAUGCAUGGGUUUGGGAAAGUUGAGAGUGGGAGGCUUUCGAGCACUUGAGGGGUGA